UAAGAAAAAGGGACCUCUGAGUUUUUCGGAUUUCCUGACAUUUUGUUCAGUCAAGCCCGGCAUAAUGUCCAACGACGAUAAUUCACUGCAUAUUUCCUGGCAUGACUCGGCAUGGAUACCUCACCUCAACCAAGCCAGUAUCAUGGAUUACUUUUCAAACAGAAGCAACCCUUUCUAUGAUCGAACAUGCAACAACGAGAUCAUCAAGAUGCAACGGUUAAACCCAGAACAACUCAAGUCAAUGACAGGAUUAGAGUAUAUCCUGCUGCAUGUCCAAGAACCAAUCCUGUACGUUGUUAGAAAACAACAUCGGCAUUCUAUAGAAGAAGCCACCCCAUUGGCUGAUUAUUACAUCAUAGCUGGCAGAGUAUAUCAAGCUCCAGAUAUCUGUGCAGUAAUCAAUGCAAGAAUGACAACCGCGCUUCACAAUAUCCGGUCAGCAUUUGAAGAAUCCCUUUCUUACUCAAGGUACCAUCCCAGUAAAGGAUACUGGUGGGAGUUUAAAGAGAAAGAUGGUGAAACAGAAAAGAAGAAGCGGAAGAAACCAAAGGAAGAGCUAAGCUCGGCUUUCCAGAGGAAACGGGUGGACAUUCUGCUUGGUGAUCUAUCAAGAAAAUUCCCUUUCAAAGUCAUUCAGCCGAAACCCGGUGACAGACCUGUGCCGGUCGAAGGGAUAAGCUCCGAGAGUGCUUCAUCAAGACCAGUAAUCAAAGAAGAAAUCAAGGAGGAAAACAAUCAAUCUCAGAACAAUGCAAACACCACAAGUAGCGGAUCAUCAGUCUCAAAUGUAGCUACUAGCGUGAGCUCACAUAGUAUCUCUGUGACUGGACAAGCAGCUGCAGCGGCGGCAGCAGCAGCGGCCGCGGCUGCGGCGGCUGCUGCAUCACACAGUAGUUCAACCAGCUCAAGUAGUGCCAGUGGGACAUUCUUCACUAGUACAGGACCUUCCAGUAUGAAACCGUCUCUGGCCAAGAAGCGUAAAACCAUGGGGAAGUGAUGUUCAUAUCGGAUUUAAACUCUUCUGUACAGCCUAGGAUCAGAUUGAUCUAGAAGAUACUGCAGACAUCGCUUAAGUCAGAACUUUAGUGUUGAUGCUGUGUGGCCCUUUUGAUCUGUUUUUGUACUUGUGACAAACAAGAACUCUGUAUUCAUAAGCAGUGUUUACUGUGAGUACUUCCAUCAGUGUCCAAGUACAGAAAGCAUGAAGCUGAAAGUCAUUCUUAGUCUGUAACAGAGAUCAGUUUACAGGGUUCAUCUUUUCAUAUGUAGCUCCUAUUUCAGUUGUGAGUUCAGAAAAUUUUAAGGCAGCAGACCGCAUAAUGAUAAUGGACAGACUAGUGGGGUUAUAUCCCAAAUGACCUCUGAUAUCCGAAGACGAUUUAUAUCAUGGAGAAGCAAUUAAGUGGUCUUUGAUCAGGGUAACAGAGGUUGCUCAUGAAUAACUUUUAAAUUCCUCUCAUUCACCUGGUUAUUGAAUGCAUCGUGAGUGAAUAAAGACGGAUUCCGUAGGAUGUUCCAAUUGUGUAUGUACCUUUUAGCUAUGAGUUCCAAGAUAUGUGCUAUUCUAAUUGUAAAAUCUGGCAUGGUGUUCUCCCAUUUUUCAUCUUGUUUCCAAUUUAUUUUGCCCCUGACAAAUGAUCUUGACGCUUGAUAACAAAUAAUAGAAAACAAUCAUUU